UCUCCUCCCACACAGCCAAACCACUAUAAACAUUACUGUACAGCGAGGAGACUCCCUGUCCAGCCCUCUGUGUUAGGGGAACAAGAGGGAGGCUGUUCGGAUCGAAAGAGAGAAAGAAAAAGAAAGAAAGAAAGAAAGAAAGAAAGAAAGAAAGAAAGAUGGCUCAGACCGGCAACCAAAGUUCAACUUUCCCAGAGAUUGUGGAGCUGAACGUGGGCGGCCAGGUGUAUGUGACCCGCCUCGAGACUCUCACCGCAGUCCCCAACUCUCUCCUGUGGACCAAGUUCACCCAGAGCACCCCGGCCGAUCUGCCCAAAGACAACAAGGGUCGCUACUUCUUCGACCGGGACGGCUUUUUGUUCCGAUACAUUCUGGACUACUUGAGGGACUCGGAGCUUUUCCUGCCCGAGUUUUUCAAGGAGCGGAGGAGGCUGCAGAAAGAAGCGGACUUCUUCCAGCUGCCGGAGCUGUCGAGGCGGCUGUCGGCGAUCAGCAAGGACAGCUCGUACGCGGAGGACAGCGGGGAGCCGGAGGAGGCUGAGCUCACCAGCCCCGUCACCUCAUCCUCGGACAGAACAGUGCGCUCUCCGGGCGCCGACGCCGGCUUCAUCACCGUCGGGUACAGAGGCAGCUACACCAUCGGGAGGGACAUCCAGGCGGACGCCAAGUUCCGCAGGGUCGCAAGAAUAACCGUGUGCAGCAAGAUCUCUCUGGCCAAGGAGGUGUUUGGAGAAACCCUGAACGAAAGCCGGGACCCGGACCGACCCCCCGACAAGUACACGUCCAGGUAUUACCUCAAGUACAACUUUCUGGAGCAGGCGUUUGACCGGCUGGCCGAGGCUGGUUUCCACAUGGUGGCCUGCAACUCCACCGGGACCUGCUCUUACGGCAGUAACGACCCGGGUGAAGACAAACUGUGGACCAGCUACACCGAGUACGUUUUCUGCCGAUGAACUGGCAGGGAAACGAAGAAGCCAGGAGAAAUCAUCACUCACAUUAUAAUUAAUUAGCGUGUUAAGUUCUUUUUUUUCUUCUAUUUUUUUUUUUUUUUUUGUCACUCUCUGCUCUGCGGGCUGCACACAGAGAGUUAACUUCCUUGACAUUUUCUCCUGUGCUCUGCAGGACACUUUAAACAUAAAUCUCAUUGGUUAGUGGUGAAAAGCGAAAGGCAGAAUGACUUUUCCCAUCUGUCACUUCAUUUUUGUGGCUCAGUUGGCCUCUAAACCUUUUUUUGCGGCUUUCACAACCACCUCUCUGUUCUUCGGUCAGUGACAUAAAUGGUUCCUCAGGGUGGCAGGAAUUUUGCUUUCUUUUCAGCCCCAGUGAGCUGUGCUUGCAUCCUCGUACGGUGGAGAGGCUACCAGGGACACGCAUAGGACACAUGCAGUAAAUAAUCAAACGCAGCUCCUCUUGUAGUGUUCCUAUAACUCCCACGUCUUUCAUUUUUGUGCAUUGGCAGUAAGUUGCAUAUGGCAUGAUCCUUUUAUUGCUUUUAUUAUUAUUAUUAUUUUUAUUUAGAUUGAUCACAUCAAAGCAGCAUGCAGUCGCGCAUUCACUGCGCCAUUUAUAAGCUGUUGUAAAUGUUUUCUCUUUUAGAUAUAAAAGAUAAUAAAAUGUGAUAUUGUGACACUCAAA